AUGGGGCAAGGGCAAAAGCUCAACGGGAGCGUGAGGAGCACGACUACGUUCUUUAACAGCCGGAGUAAAAAUCGGGAGGAGGAAAAUCACAAUUGCAAACAAAAAAACCCGCUGCGCCACUACCACCGCCACUUGCUCUGCAGCUUUCGCACCCUCUUUUGCACGGCCUCCCUCUCCUUGCUACCAACCAAGCGCAUGAGCACUUCCCCGCAUCUAACAGCCAUCUCCCUCUCCCCCUUUCUUUCAUGCGCGUCCAUCUUCCUCUUCCACGCGCCGACGCCAUCCGCGGCGCAAUCCACGGCCUGA